AGUGCGUGGCAGUGUGUCAUCGGACGCCACGUAAGGCGGUCAUGGUCGUCCUCGCGCUGGCGGCUGUGUUGGCUGUGGCGGCUGUGAUAGUGUAUUGGAGCUGGCGGCACGGCCCCGAACAUGACCUUUCGGGCAAGGUGGUGCUGCUGACCGGUGCCGGCGGCGGACUGGGCCGCCUGCUGGCGGAGGACUUGGCCGCGCGGGGCUGCCGCCUGGCGUGUGUGGACGUGGCCGAGGGGCCCAACGAGGAGACAGCGUCCAUGGUGCGCGCCCACGGCCAGGCGAACACCACCAAGCUGCUAGCCAGGGCCUACACUGUGGACCUCAGGAACGGAGAGGACAUAUCGGCCCUGGUAGAGAGUGUUGUCAACGACUUCGGCCAGGUGGACAUUCUGGUGAACUGCGCUGGCCAGCUGCAGGCGGGCGCAGUGUGGGAGCUGACUGACGACCAGACGGACCAGCUUCUGGACGUGAACCUGCGCGCCUGCAUCUUGCUCGUCAAGUACGCUCUACCGCACAUGAGGGCGCGCGGCGAGGGCCACAUCGUCACCGUCGGCUCCGUCGCCGCCAUCUUCGCCACCCGCAAGAUGUCCGUCUACGCCGCCAGCAAGGCGGGGCUCAGUCGGUUCAUGCAGUGCCUGUACUUCGACCUCCGGCGAGACGGGCUCGGCGACAAGAUUCACGUCACUACGAUUGAGCCGUACCUCAUCAACACCUUACCGCACUUGGAGGCAUCCUUCAAGUCCAGGCGGCCGGUCGCCAAGCUGCUGCUGGGAUACCUGGAGGCCAAAGCCACGGCGCGGACCAUUUGCCACUGCAUCGCGACUCGCCAGCACCUGGUCACACUGCCCGCCCACCUGGGUGUGCUAGCCAACAUCCUCCGCCACACGCCGUGGACGGUCCAGGCGUACGUGCUGGAGAAACUCGCCCGACCGGACAAGCGGCCGCCGUACCCCUACCACGCCCGCCACGCGAGCUUGGACGCGGCCCUCAUGUACGAGCUGCUGUCCAAGGGCUACGACCUCCACGAGGACCCCGAGGCCGUCUGCAGGGCGCUGCGCGCCGAGAACCUCGCCAAGGGCAUCGCCCUCCCCCACGACUAUUCACCGUUCCGCCAGUCGAUCCGAAAGUUCUACUCGAGCCGCGGCCAGAGCGUGCCGGACGCCGUGAAGAGCGUGUUCGCAUUGUGAAUGGCUCGACAUUUCUUUCUGCGUGAUGCACAGUGAAUAUUCUCCAUAUUAUGGUGAAAUUGUCCCCUACUAUGGUGUUGCUGCUGACUUCAUAACGUACCAUAGAGAAUUCACUGUACCUUUACAGAUAUUUUGACGAAUUUCGUUCGUAUUAUGGAGAAAAUCUCCACCAUAAUAUGUUGGUGCAGUAUUUCACCGUGAGACAUUUACAGUGUUCAAGAUCGUGAAAUGGAAACAAAUACAAACUUUAUUUGACUUUUAA